AGCCUCCGGUGGUUGUACGUGAUUUGCGGUCUCUUGAGGUGGUUAAGGGCUCAGAUGUUGUACUACAGUGUGAAGUUACUGGAACGGCACCCUUUAAAAUCACCUGGUAUAAGGAUGCUAAAGAAAUGUGGAGCAGUAAGAGACACACUUUUAAGGAUGAAAAUGGAGCCAUUAGCUUCCACAUUUCAAAAUGCGAUGCUCUAGACGUUGGCGAGUACCAGUGCACUGUUACCAACGAUGUGGGCAGUUGCACUUCCAAGUGUAAGCUCACAACUAAAGAGCCGCCAUCUUUUAUCCAGAAAAUAGAAAACCUUGUCACAGUGGUGGGACACUAUGCAUUGUUUCAGUGUACUGUAACCGGAUCGCCCCCCUUGUCAGUAAGAUGGCAGAAAGACGAAGACUGGCUCUCAGAGGGGGCUAAUACUGAAAUGAAAUUUGAGAACAAUGUGGCAACACUGAAAAUCGGAUACGCUGAAGCCUCUCAUAGCGGAAGGUACACCUGCCAGGCCAUAAACGAGGCAGGAACUGACAAGUGCUUUGCCACAUUAGUAGUGAAAGAACCUGCUGAGAUCACAGAAAAGUUCAAAGCGAUGAGCGUGACAGCAGGUGACCCGAUCAGCCUGGAGUGUACUGUGGUGGGCACUCCUGAAUUGAAAGUGAGGUGGUUUAAGGAUAAUAAAGAACUCUUUCCGAGCAGACAGUAUAAAAUCAGCUUUGUUAACAACGUAGCCAGCUUGAAGAUUCAGUCAGCCCACAAAGAUGACAUGGGCGAGUAUUCCUUUGAAGUUUGCAAUGACAUUGGAAGCAGCACUUGUAAGGCAUAUCUGACCGUUCUAGAGCAAGUAAUUCCUCCAUCGUUCAUCAAAAAGCUUGCCGACGUGCAGCAGGUUUUAGGAUCUUUCGUCCGAAUGGAGUGCAAAAUUUCUGGCUCUCUUCCAAUCCACGUGGACUGGUAUAAGGAUGGCAGCAGCGUAGCUGGCAUCUCAAAGUGCCACACUACCUAUCAAGACAACACCGUGUCCUUGGAGAUUCGCGACAUCGAAGUGGAUGACGCCGGAACUUACACCUGUAAACUGGCCAACACUGCCGGAACUUCCGAUUGCAGUGGUACCUUAAUGGUUAAAGAACCACCAAGCUUUAUAACGAAACCAGAAGACCAACGAGUUCUCCCGGGGGCUGCUGUGCAUUUUAAGAGUACUUUUAAAGGAACGCCCCCCUUUACUGUAAAAUGGUUGAAAGAUGACCGUGAAAUAAUAACCGGACCAACGUGUUUUGUUGGACUUGAAGGGUCGUCGUGCUAUUUAGACCUUUUCUCUGUUGAUGUUUCCGACAGUGGAGUAUACACGUGCCAAGUUAGCAAUGACGCUGGCACAAUCAGCUGUGUGACGCAGUUAUUUGUCAAAGAGCCUCCCACGUUUGUAAAGAAACUUGAGCCCUCCAAAGUGGUGAAAUGCUCCAACGCAGCCCACUUUGAAUGCAAAGUCACCGGGUCUCCGGAAAUCCGAAUUUCUUGGUUCAAAAAGGACACGAAAUUAAGUGAAGACGAAAGGCACAGGAUGUCUUUUGUGGAUUCUGUGGCUGUUCUUGAGAUUGAAAACACCAGCGUUGAAGACAGCGGUGACUACAUCUGUGAAGCGCAGAAUGAGGCCGGGACCCUGAGCUGUAGCACAGCACUUAUAGUCAAAGAGCCCCCUGUGUUCGUCAAAAUCCCAGAACCAGUGGAAGGCAUGAGAGGCAAAGAUUUGAGUCUUGAAUGUGAGCUCUCAGGUUCACCACCCUUUCAGAUCACCUGGUAUAAAGACAAAAGACAGAUCAAGGACAGUAGGAAAUACAAGGUGACACACGAGGGCUACAGUGCCACCCUCCAUAUUUUAAAUUUGGAAGCCUCCGAUAUGGGAGAGUAUGUGUGCACUGCAGCAAACAACGUCGGCAGCGACACCUGCACUGGUGUGGUGAAGCUCAAAGAACCCCCAGUCUUUGUGAAGAAACUGACCAACACGACAACUGUGGUGGGAGACGAGGUCACUCUGACCGCAACAAUAAAAGGCUCACAGCCAAUUAGUGUGUCGUGGGUCAAAGACAAGGAAGACGUGAUCCGAGACAGUGAAAAUACCAACAUAUCAUUUGAAAAUAAUGUUGUCACUCUGAAAAUCAGCAACGCGGAGCCAGUCAAUAGUGGCAAAUAUGUCUGUCAGAUUAAAAACGAUGCAGGAAUGCAAGAGUGCAUGGCCACGUUGUCAGUUCUAGAACCCGCAGCCAUCGUAGAAAAACCAGCCCCUGUGAGUGUGACGGCAGGAGACGCAGCCUCAUUAGAGUGCACGGUUGUUGGCACUCCGGAGCUGAAAGCGAAAUGGUUUAAGGACGGCAAAGAACUUGUCUCUGGCCGAAAGUAUAAGAUCACCCUGGUCAAGAAUGUGGCCGCACUUAAGUUUUUGUCUGCUGAGAAGGGCGACACUGGCGAGUACACGUUUGAGGUCAAGAACGAUGUUGGUGCUAGCAGUUGCACGACAACGGUCACUGUUUUCGAUAAAAUUAUCCCUCCAUCGUUCACAAGAAAAUUAAAAGAGACGCAGGCCAUCUUAGGUGCCUCCGCCCAGAUGGAAUGCAAAGUUUCAGGGUCCACUCCUCUAACAGUCGAAUGGUUCUUUGAUGGCGAUGAGAUCACAGAUGGAGAGAAAUACCAAAUAGCAUACACCGAGAACACAUGUUCUUUGCAAAUUAACAAUCUUGAGGUGUCUGACGCUGGAAAGUAUAAAUGCCAGGCAUCUAACACGGCGGGAGCAGAUGAAUGUGCUGCCACUUUGACAGUCAAAGAGCCCCCCUCUUUUGUGAAGAGGCCAGACGCUCUUGAAGCUCUGCCAGGCUCGAACGUCACAUUUGUUGCCACGGUUAGCGGAACCCCUCCGCUCAAACUGAAAUGGUUUAAAGGCAGCAGCGAGAUAGUAACGGGACGAAACAGUGCCGUUCUCCUGCUAGGCACAACAGCUUCUCUGGAAAUGAUUAACGUUGACUCGUCCCGAUCUGGCGAGUACACGUGCGAAAUCACUAAUGACGCCGGCAAGGAUGUGUGCUCCACAAGUCUCUUUGUGAAAGAGCCAGCAAAAUUCCAGAAGAAACUUAAAGAGUCGAGCGUCGAGGUGGGCAAAUCCCUGUUUCUUGAGUGCACUUAUUCGGGCACCCCUGAAAUUCUAGUCCAAUGGAUGAAGGAUGGCACCGAGAUCAGUGCUUCGGACAAGUUUAUCAUAACCACCACGGAAAACUCCUGCAUUCUGGAGAUCCUGGACUGCCGCAAAGAGGAUGGUGGCAGAUACACUUGUGAGGUGACAAACGAAGCAGGACGGGACACGUGCCAGGCGGGAGUGUCCAUACUUGAGCCCCCGUAUUUUGUGCAGAGCUUACAGCCCAUGGACGUGACAGUAGGAGACUCUGUCUGUCUGAAAUGUCAAGUUGCGGGAACCCCUGACAUCAAGGUGUCCUGGUAUAAAGGAGAUACCAUCCUACGGGCCACUGUGAACUGCAGAAUGGAGUUUAUGAAUAACAUUGCAGCUCUGAAACUGAACAAAGUGUCCAAAAAUGACAUCGGGGAGUUCACAUGCAAAGCUGAAAACCGUAUUGGGGCAGCAUCUACAAGCACCUCCUUGAAUGUGCAAGAUGCCAAAACCCCACCCACCUUCACGCGGAAACUCACGAGCAUGCAAGCCAUUGUGGGUAAUCCCAUUGUGUUUGAGUGUCAGAUUUCUGGGACAUCCCCGAUUGAGGUUUCUUGGUAUAAGGAUGGGAAAUCUUUAAAGGGACAAGCCGAUUUCAUCACAUCGUUUGCAGAUAACACUGCAGUUUUAGAAAUUGCUUGCACCGAUAAGUCGCAUUCUGGUGAAUACACCUGUGAAGCUUCCAAUGCUAUCGGAAGUGCUUCUUGUCGAGCCAAGCUCGGACUUCAAGAGCCCAAGUUUGCUCCCGUCUUUGACAGAAAGCUCUCUCCGGUGGAGGUGGCCGUGGGAGACGUGAUUGAACUUACCUGUCAUGUGACUGGCACGGCACCGAUGAAAGUCACAUGGUCAAAGGACAACAAAGACAUCCGAACAGGAGGAAAUUACAGAAUCGGAUUAGCUGAUGACGCCCCCAAGCUGAUUAUUCUUAAGGCCGAUAAAGGAGAUUCGGGCCAAUACACAUGUCAUGCUAGCAACGAUAAGGGGAAGGACUCUUGUACGGCCCAGGUGGUGGUCAAAGAGCGCAAAGUUCCUCCUACCUUCACUAAAAAGCCAACUGAAUCGGUUGAAGAGACCGAGGGCAAGCCCUUGAAGCUUGAAGGACGUGUGGCAGGUUCCCAGCCAAUUCUUGUGAAAUGGUUCAAAGACGACCAGGAAAUUGACUUUUCAGACAAAUACGACAUGUCAUUCAGAAAUAACGUGGUCCUUCUGCACCUUAAGAAGGCCAGCUGUGCUGAUACGGGCUCUUACACGUGCACGGUGUCCAAUGAGGCUGGGACUGCCUCCUGCAACGUAUCUGUGCUCAUCUCAGAGCAAAAAAGGGCUCCAUCAUGUGAUUCGCCAUUGCAACCAACGACCCUCGCAGAAGGGGACGUCUUGCACCUGACGUGUCAUUUCCAGGGAUCAGAUCCCAUGAAGGUGCAGUGGCUUAAGGACAGAAAAGAGGUGAAGUCUUCAAACAAAUGUAGGAUGACGUUUGAAAACCACACGGCUACUCUGGAGAUCUCUGAGGUGACUAAAGCAGAUUCAGGGGACUACUUGUGCAAAGCCACCAAUGAUGUUGGAAGUGAUUCCAGCAAGGCCAAAAUAACAAUCAAAGAAAAGUCUGCUGCAGCACCAUCAGCACCUGGAGCUCCAGCUGCCACUAAGCCGACUAAGUUGGACAACUUGUUCUUCAUUGAGGAACCCAAGAGUGUCAAAGUCACUGAAAAGGGCACAGCAACUUUCUUUGCCAAAGUUGGAGGUGACCCAAUACCCAAUGUCAAGUGGAUGAAGGGCAAAUGGAGACAGAUUAACCACGGUGGACGAAUUGUCGUGGAACAGAAAGGACAAGAAGCAAAACUAGAAAUAAGGGAAGUGACCCGAACAGACUCUGGUCAAUACAGAUGUGUCGCCACAAACAAGCAUGGUGAAAUUGAAUGUACCACCAACCUUGAAGUCGAGGGAAAGAAAGAGGUUGUCAUUGAAGGAGACCUGAGGUCCAAACUGAAAAAGGUGCCUUCUAAGCAAAAGGAACCAGAAGAAGAUAAGCAAAUUGAUAUUGUUGAACUUCUGAAGAACGUGGACCCCAAAGAGUAUGAGAAAUAUGCACGAAUGUAUGGAAUCACAGAUUACCGUGGCCUUCUCCAAGCAAUCGAGUUUAUUAAGAAGAUGAAAGCUGAAGAAACUCACCGAUUUGGAGCUGAAUAUGAAGGCCGACGCCCUGAAGAGGAAAAGGAUUUCGAUGAUCUAGUCUCAUUCUUGCAGCAGCGAAUGACCCAGACUGAGCCUGUCACCUUGAUCAAGGACGUCGAGGAUCAGACUGUAAUGAAAAAGAAAGAUGCACAAUUCGAAUGUGAGAUUAAGAUCAACUAUCCAGAGAUUCAGCUGUCAUGGUACAAAGGAACUGAGAAACUGGAGCCCAGCGACAAGUAUGAUAUCCGCAUUGAAGAGGACAGGCAUCUGCUGAGAAUUUCCAACUGUCAGCCAGAGGAUCAGGGCAACUAUAGAGUGGUUUGUGGUCCUCACAUUUCAGGUGCUAAGUUGAUUGUCAUAGAACCCAUAGUGGAACGCCACCUGCAGACCAUUUCUGGUAAGGAAGGCCACACGUGCGUUUUGACUUGCCAGUUUUCUGUGCCUAACCUAAAAACUCAGUGGUUCAAAAAUGGAAAACUGAUAGAGCCAGAUGGAAGAUACUCAAUCGAGGUGGCUGGUAAAAUACAGAAACUGUCAAUCAAGGACCUAAAACCAGAAGACCAAGGAAGGUUCAGCUGCAGAUAUGAGAACCUUGAAACCUCUGCUGAUCUUUUGGUUGAAGCUCAGAAAAUCAAGUUCACGAAGACCAUUCAAGAUAUUGUCGUCAACGAGAAUCAAACAGCCACCUUCGAGUGUGAGGUUUCCUUUGAUGGCGCUAUUGUUUCCUGGUAUAAGGACAACUUUGAGCUCCAGGAAAGUUACAAGUACAGCUUCCGAACUGAAGGCCGACGCCACUUUAUGACCAUCAACAAUGUCACUGCUGAGGAUGAAGGUGAUUAUUAUUGCAAUCUGUGUACCUGUUAAAAAUCGGCCAAUCUCAGGCAUUCUUCUUUUCACUUAGAUUCAUUUUUAUUAUUCUUUUGUUGAGAAUAUUCCUACAACUUUAUUUUUAAGGAAC